AUGAAGGAACAGUCCCUAAAUGAAAAGCAGGAGAAAUGGCUGGAGCAGAUGAAUCUGGAGGCUGAUGCUCAAAUCAAGAAGUGCAGCACCCAGUACAUCACCCGCUGUCCAACCAAGAGCUUAAGCCAAGAGCCCAUUGGAUCUGGAGAAGGCCAGCAGGAGAGGCCAAGGAGGCAACAGGCAUGGGCAGAGAACCAGCAGGGGGGGCCAGAGAACCAGCAGGGGGGGCCAGAGAACCAGCAGGGGGGGGCAGAGAACCAGCAGGGGGGGGCAGAGAACCAGCAGGGGGGGCAGAGAACCAGCAGGGGGGGCAGAGAGCCAGCAGGGGGGGCCAGAGAGCCAGCAGGGGGGGGCAGAGAGCCAGCAGGGGGGGGGCAGAGAACCAGCAGGGGGGGCCAGAGAACCAGCAGGGGGGGCCAGAGAACCAGCAGGGGGGGCAGAGAGCCAGCAGGGGGGGGCCAGAGAACCAGCAUGGGGGGGGCAGAGAGCCAGCAGGGGGGGCCAGAGAACCAGCAGGGGGGGCAGAGAGCCAGGAGUGGGGGGCAGAGCCAGCAGCUAGAGGCUCAAGAAGAGGCUGAGACAGCAGAGCCAGACUCCAAGAAAAAGACAUAUCCAGGCAUCUGGAAGAGAAUUAAGAUGGGGUAAAGAUGCUUCAAAAAUGUAUUGAUGUUUUACACUGUUAAUAUAUAUGUUGCCACUUUAAAAAGUGACAUUAUCCAAAUGUGAGUGUUUAGUGUACAUGCAACACACAUGUAUUGUAGAUACUUACCCGUCUCUGUGAUGUCUUACAGCUUUCCUAACCUGCUGUCUGCUGAGAGCUGGAAACUCAACGAAGCCACAGUGUCGCCCAAUAAUUCCUCCUCCUCUUCAGUUCUUCAUGCCUUUUUAAGCUCCUCAAGCCAGCAAGUAUCCUCUUAA